AUGGGUUUUGAUCCGACAUCCUCAAAGUUUGUCCGAGCCCUAACAGUUACUUACAGAAUGAGUGACAAAGCAAGAGAAGAGAGAAUCAGUAUCUAUGAAAGGCUUGGCUUUGAUGUAUGGCCGAUUUUCAAGAAGUGGCCUUCCUGUUUGACUAUCUCGGAGAAGAAUAUAUUGAACUCCGUUGAAACUUUUCUAGGGCUAGGAUUCACUAGAGAUGAGUUCAUGAUGAUGGUCAAGCAUCUUCCUCCGUGCAUUGGAUUACCAGCAGAGACAGUGAAGAAGAAGACUGAGUUUUUGGUGAAGCACAUGAAUUGGCCACUAAAAGUUGUGGCUUCACACCCACAGGUACUUGGAUACAACAUGGAGAAGAGGAUUAUACCAAGGUGUAACGUAAUCACAGCUCUCAUGUCCAAAGGAUUGCUCAGAAAGGGAAUUGAACUCCCUUCAAUGUCGUGUGUUUUUUCGAGUACCGAUCAGACGUUUUUAAACAUGUAUGUGAGGAAGCAUGACAAGCUGGUUCCGGAGUUGAUGGCUGUCUUCAAGGGAGAACGUGUUUCAUAG